AUGAAUGCGUACGCGUACACGGCAUGUCUUGGCAUCUAUGGGAGUACUCCAAACAACGAACAGCUCGUCCUUGGAAGCCCUGAUCAGCUACAAAGAAAUAAACCACGAUUCCGACUGAUAGUCUUGCCGCACGCGCCCGCCGCGUCGCCCUUCUAUCCUCCUUGGCGCUCGUUCGCACCCGAUUGGGAGGGCCAAGGUGCUAGGCCAAUGGAUCAUUUCAAGGUUGGCAACUUGCGCUUCCAACUAGAAACACAUCGCAUCGAUGAACAUUCAACUUUCGGUAAACUUUUUGGACAUGCACCUUCUCCUUCUCAGUCUUGCGUUUCCUUUCAAAAAAAAAGCGACAGAGCGGAGCCUUUGCUGUUGGCACGCUGUUCCGCAGCUUCGUGGUCUUGUAUCCAUCCACCAACUGUCCUUUACUUCGUCGCAUACCAGCUUGAAUAUCCUUUUGCAGCAAGAUUUUCAGCCACCAAAAUCUCUCCUAUCCAAGACAAGAUGGUGGCGACCAGCGAUGUGCCUAUUGUGGGUAGCCUUUAUGUUUAUGCACCAAACAAAGGUGCACCCAUUUUCUUCACGAUUGCCUUUGCUAUAUCCACUAUUCUCCACUCCUGGCAGUGCCACCGCUACAAAGCUUGGAAGUUGAUAUGGUUGCAGCCCGCCUGUGCAGCGCUCUUUACUCUCGGAUACGCCCUCCGUGAAUAUGGAGCAUACAACUACCUAUACGAUGGUACGGAAAAGGCACCUUUGGCGCUGUUCAUCCUGAGCCAAAUUUGCAUCUACUUGGGCCCGCCGCUCCUCGAACUCGCAAACUAUCAUAUCCUCGGACGGGUAUUUCACUACGUUCCGUAUGCUGCGCCCUUCAACCCUGGUCGGGUCACGGCUUUUUUUGGUGGGCUCAUGGCCAUUGUGGAGGGCUUGAGCGGCUCUGGCGUUUCAUUGACUGCCAAUGCAAAGGCAAAAGAGUCGACUAAGAAAACGGGACACAAUCUCCUCCUUGUUGCCCUUGCGCUUCAGGUCUGCGUCAUCUUCAUCUUUGUCUACCUCUCUGUCCUCUUCCAUCGGCGAUGCAUCAAGGCCAAAGUGCCGGCACAAAGCAAAGCGGUCAAGUCCACGCUCAUGACACUCUAUCUGAGUAUGGCGUUGAUCUUCAUACGCUGCGUUUUCCGGCUCGUGGAGAUGGCAACCAGCUCGACAAGCGUGGAUAUCACGAGCAUGGAGCGCCUGAUGAAGCUGAGCCCCGUCCUCCGAAACGAGGCCUACUUUUACGCCUUUGAAGCCAGCUUGAUGCUCAUCAAUUCUUUUCUCUGGAACGUGCAACAUCCUGGACCCCAUCUGCCGGGCGACACUCACAUCUACCUCGCACAAGACGGAACGGAAGUGGAGGGAGAAGGGGACGGAAGUGAGGACCGGCCGUUGCUGCUCAACAUGGCCAAUACUCUCAUGUUCGGCUUGCUCUAUCGAGACGACAAGGAUCACACGCACUCUCAACCCCAGGAGCUUUAUGAAAACCCAAAUGGAAAUGGCCAUAAGAAGUUUAGACUCGGGAACGGCGGGCGGGCUACCUAG